AUGGCAGCUGUCAAUGAUGGCCACAAGGCGUGCACCUUCUGCCGCCGCGAGCUGCCAGCUAGCGAGCUGAAGGAUCACGGCAGGCGCGUCCUUUGCCCCAGCUGCAACACGGUCGAAACCAUGUUGCGGCGCAAUCUGGACGGAAAGCCGGAGCACAUGCCAUCCGUUGAUGACGCGGAGUCGGUCAAGUUCUUCGCGCACUUGGCGGAGCAGCGCCAAGCGUGCGGCGGUCGGCUGAAUUGGACCACUGUUCGCGCUGGCCUGAUCACUGCAAUCAGCGACAAAAUCAUCGAGAGCCACACCACGGCAGUCGGAGGCGUGUUCAAGCCGAAGUCUGUGUGGGAAAGAAAAGGCUACACGACGCAGCAGAUCGAAGAGUCCCCACACGAAUGGGACCCUAUCCUGGGAGACACGCACGCGGUGAUGCUGAAGUCCGUGUGCCGACAGACAACCGUGCAGAACGUGACGAGCGCUGUGCUCGAACACGAAAAGCGAGCCACCGCCAAAAAGAACAAAAAGCCCAAGGGCGGAGCUCCUGCAGAUGAAGAGGCCUUGGAUCUCGAUCUCCCUCUGCCCCCGAAGGCUGAGUGCAAUAGCACGAAGUCUGUCACAGCGGAGCACAAGCGACAGGCGCAAGUGGCUAAAAAAGUCGCGAGCCAAAACACCAAAGCCGCAGCGCUGGCUGCGAAAGCCGUGAGCUGCCUCCACCCGGUUUGCGCCGCGCUGGAGAAGUCUUUGGCCUGCGUGGCCAAGCGUCCCUCGGACGCAAGUCGGUCUGGUCUUGAGCAAGCGUUGACCGACAGCAAGGCAAAGCUUACAUGCUGGCUGGCUGCCUGCCGGGAUCUUCUGGUACAGCACGAGCAGGAGAAGCCAUCCCAGGAGCCACAGGCGCUCGCCUCGCUUCCCUUCACGGCCGAUGAUCUCAAGCCCGCUUUGGCUUGUGCGCGAGAGGUGCUCAAGUCUGUUAAAGUCAGUGCGCCGGCACGCAAGCGGGCGGCGCCCGAGCAGGGGGAUGGCCCUGCAGACGUGUCGGCGCAGCCGAAGCGUCGGCGCGCAAAGUGA